AUGCAUCCGGUGGGCUCAAAAUUUGCUUUUCUUCUAUUGUCCGUGCUCCUUUUUUCCAAUUCAGUUGAUAACGUUUAUUUUUCAAAUAUAGGAAAAAGUCAACAAUUGAUAGUAAACUACUAUAACGAGACGUGUCCAAGAGCGGAAGACAUAAUCAAAGAACAAGUUUUCUCCUUAUACAAAAAACAUGGAAACUCGGCGAUUUCAUGGAUUAGAAACCUCUUCCAUGAUUGCAUGGUGAAGUCUUGUGAUGCAUCUCUUUUGUUAGAGAUCAAAGAGGAAGAAGGUGGAAUUGUGUCAGAGAUGAAGUCGUCAAGGAGCUUUGGGAUUAGGAAUCUCAAAUAUGUUAAUAAAAUCAAACAGCUUCUUGAAAAUGAGUGUCCCGACACUGUCUCUUGCGCUGAUAUUAUGGCUCUUGCUGCAAGAGAUGCCAUUGUUCUGAUGGGAGGAUUAGAGAUGGAGAUGAAAACAGGGAGGAGAGAUAGCAGAGAAAGCUAUGAAGGAGUGGUGGAAGAGUUCAUUCCUAAUCAUAAUGAUUCUCUUUCGUUGGUUCUUUCUAGGUUUCAAGAUAUUGGCAUUGAUGCUCAAGCUACCGUUUCUCUUUUAGGAGCUCACUCAGUGGGUCGGGUCCACUGCGUAAAUCUAGUGAACCGGCUCUACCCGACAGUCGAUCCGACUUUGGAUCCGGAUCAUGGAGAAUAUCUAAAAAGAAGGUGCCCGAACCCGGACCCGAAGGCAGUUUUGUACGCAAGAAACGAUUUGGAAACUCCGAUGGUGCUGGACAACAACUACUAUAAGAACGUAUUGGGCCAGAAGGCCCUUUUGUUGGUGGACCAACAAUUGGGCUCGAGCCCAAUAACUCUUCCUUACGUCCAGCAGAUGGCCUCCAAUAACACUUACUUUCUGGCCCAAUUUGCUAGGGCUGUGCUUUUGCUGUCAGAGAACGCCCCUCUCACCGACGAAGAAGGAGAAAUUAGAAAGGAUUGUCGACGUGUCAACAAGUGA